AUUUUUUUUCGCCUAUUUCCCUCCUCGUGUUUCAUCCUACCACCAAAAUGUUCGAGGUGUUGAACAUUUUAUUCUCCUCGUGCCUCCAAAGAGAGAGGGGUAAAAAAAAAUAUCAUGCGCAAUUCAUCCAAAUUUGAGCAAUUGCGUCAAAGAUAAAAUGUGAAAGAUUUGCAAAUAGUGUGUCUCUAAUAGAAAUGCGACUGUUGGAUUUUAUUCUGAAUUAGAUUAUUUGCAAUAUAGAGUGAAAUAGUUUACUAAAGAGCAGGGGAAGUGUUUGAGGAAGUGAACGCAGAGGAAAAUCAAGUAUCAAAUGGCGUCUAAUUCUGUGAUUGUCUUUGCAAUUGUUAUCGCAUCUGUAUUUUUUGUUGGACACUGUGGCAUCAUAAAGCGCAGUUUUUCGGACAAAAGUGUGGCCAAGUACAUCACGGAGAGAACUUGUUGGUGGAAUGAAGUUUGCAAGGAGGAGUUUCAGCUGAGUUUUCGCUGCAAAUGUCCUCAAUUUUCUUACUGCCGAUCACCUGGGAGAUACUACAAUGCCUAUUGUUCUAUAGCAAAUACAGGGUACAUUUGGACCCAACCCACAUAACAAAUCACUUCACUAAGACGCACUUAGAAAGGCGUUUCUGUCACAUAAUUUAUAUACUUAAUCGAAAGUAGUCAAAAAAAAAAAAUAAAAGAAAAAUCACAGAGAAUUCCAUCAAACGAAGCAUUGAUUGUAAUGCCUGAAAUUGUUAUUAUAUUUCACAAUUUUAAAAUCUCAAAAAUUAUUGCAAAAUCCUCCUCGUGAAUAUUCAUUAUAACUAUAAUAAAUUAGAAUCUCUAGGAGAGCGUCAUGUUAGAUCUCUCCAGUCUCAAAGAGCUUCACAAUAGUUUCAACAUUGUUGUUCUUCACUGCCUCCUUGAAGUGUUUCAUGACCUGAGCAGCUGGUUUACCAACUAUAUAAAGACAAGAAAAAAAACAAAAAAAUAAAAGAAUAAUAGGAUAAUGUUUAGAGAUAAUAUUGUUAAUUAAAUAUUUGUUGAGAAGGUAUACAUUUAGAAAGAAAAAAAAAAACAAUCCCAUACUUCUCAAUUUAGCUCCAUUCUGCAAAAGUUCAUUUAUGGUCUUGAUGGCCGAUUGCAGUUCAUUGGCAUUCUUUUGGCGUAUCACAAAAUUUGUCAAAAGAUCCUCAUGAAGUGUCAUCAAAUCAUUGCUGUACUUUAGCAUUAGUUUACUAAUACAAAAAAAUAAAAAAAUAAAAUAAAUAAAUUCUAUUGUAAAAUCA